AUGAGCCAGUCGGUGCUGCCUGCGUACGUGUUGAAACAUAUCGCAGACCGGCUGUAUGAGAAGCGCAAGCUGGCGGCGCUGGAGGUGGAGCAGGUGGUGAAGCAGCUGGCGAUGAACGGCAGGAUGCAGCGCAUCGACGACGUCAUCAGCUCCCUCACCACCUACGCCACCUCCUCGCAGUCCAACGCGCGCAAGGGCGGCCUGCUGUGCCUGGCGGCCACCGCGGUGGCGCUGGCGGGGUGCCCCGCGGGCACGCCGCGCCCGCCCGACCUGCUGCAGCGCAUCGUGCCGCCCAUCCUGGCUUCCUUCACCGACCAGGACAACCGAGUGCGGUACUACGCCAUUGAGAGCCUGUGGAACGUGGCCAAGAGCACGCGCGACACCUUCCUCCAGGUCUUCCCCGACGUCUUUGACGCCCUGUUCCGCCUCUGCUCAGACGCCGACACAAACGUGCAGAACGCCGCCUCCUUCCUGGACAACCUGGUCAAGGACAUUGUGGCGGAGAGCCAGGAGUUCAGCGUGGCGGGGUUUGUGCCGCUGCUGCGCGAGUACCUGGAGGUGGCCAACCCCUUCAAGCGCCAGUUCCUGCUGGGAUGGCUCAGCCUGCUGGACAGCCUUCCGGAUGUGGAGCUGGCGGCGCACCUGCCCAGCCUGCUGCCGGGCCUGCUGGGCAUGCUGAGCGACGGCAACGCGGAGAUACGCUCCGCAUGCACCAAGCUGCUGCAGGAGUUCUUGCUGGAGGUGCAGACCAGCGGGGGCGGCGCCAACGUCAGCCAGAUCGCCCUCAUCCUGGCCGAGCAGCUGGAGCAGCGGCGGGACGACCCGGCGGCACAGCUGACGACGCUGAGGUGGCUGCACACCCUGGUGCAGCUGGCGCCCAAGCAGCUGCUGCCGCACACCGCGGCGCUGCUGCGGGAGGUGCUGCCUUGCCUGGGGCAUGAAGACACCAGCAUCAGCGCCGCGGCCCGCCAGGUCAACAGCGACCUCCUGGAGCAGCUGCAGCAGCAGCAGCAGCAGCAACAAGGCGCCAACGGAGUGGCGGCCGCUGCGGCCGCCGCCGCCAGCGGCCUGGACAGCCAGGCCCUUCUGGCGACCGUCAGCAAGCAGCUGGAAGGGGAGGCGGAGGUGUCCAAGCUGGAGGCGCUGCAGUGGGUGCAUGCCCUGCUGUCCAGGGACGCGCGCCUGCUGGAAGACCAGCAGCAGCUGCUGCUGGCGGCGCUGUGCGAUGCGCUGGCGGCGGCUUCGGACCGAGUGGUGACCGAGUCACUGACGGUGCUGGCGUCUGUGGCGGAGCAGCGGGGCCACUUCCCGGCCGUCAUCGCGGCCCUGCUGGACUGCUUCCGCGGCGGCAGCGGCGCGCGCCUGCUCCAGCGCCGCGGCGGCCUGAUCAUACAGCAGCUCAGCCAGCGGCUGGGAGGGCUGCGCGUGUACAAGGAGCUGUCCCGCCUGCUGCAGGCCAGCUCCCGCUGCCGCCGCUGGCUGCCGGAGGAGGAGGAUGUGGGCUUUGCGGGGGCCAUGGUGCAGGCCCUCAACCUCAUCCUGCUCACCAGCAGCCAGCUGCAGGCGCGCGGCUCUGCAGGGCGGGCCAGGCAGGCAGAGCUGCGGGCGCUGCUGCAGAACAGCCUGCGGUCUUCGGAGGCCGCCGACGUCUUCACCCAGCUCUUCUCCUCCUGGAGCUACAGCUGCGCCGCCUCGCUGGCGCUGGCGCUGCUGGCGCAGGCGUACAGCCUGGCGUGCGAACUCCUGGCGGUGAUGGCGCAGGAGCCGCUGAGCAUGCGCCCCGAGACGGUGGUGGAGCUGAGCCAGCUGGUGUCGCUGCUGGAGGCGCCAGCCUUUGCGCCGCUGCGCCUGCAGCUGCUGCAGCCUGCGGCGCACCCGGCGCUGCUGCGGGCCGCGCACGGCCUGCUCAUGCUGCUGCCCCAGGGGGACGCCUUCCGCAUGCUCCAGACCCGGCUUCAGAGCAUCCCCAUCAUGGCGCUGCUGUCGAUCAAGGAGCAGCAGCAGCAGCGCGGGCCCGGCAUGGCCCGCAGCAGCAGCAGCUCCGCGGUGCAGGAGGCGGCGGCGGCCGACUCCCCGGGGUCGCUGGCCGAGCGGCAGCGCCCGCAGGAGCUGCAGGAGCAGCAGCCGCGGUCGCCCACGCAGCGCCAGCAGGUGCAGCAGCGGGGGCCGCUCAUAGAGGACAGGCGCCUGGUGCAGCUGUUCAAGUCCCGGGUGGCCCGGCUGGCCUCGGCCUGA